AUGGUGGCAGGGCUGCUGGGCGGCGGCGGCGGGGUCCGCGCGGGGACCGUGCCGGGCGUCUGGCUGUGCCUGAUGGCGCUGCUGCAGCUGCUGAGCUCUGCGCCGCGGGGCUCGGGGCUGGCGCACGGCCGCCGCCUCAUCUGCUGGCAGGCGCUGCUGCAGUGCCAGGGGGAGCCGGAGUGCAGCUACGCCUACAACCAGUACGCCGAGGCGUGCGCGCCGGUGCUGGCGCAGCGCGGCGGAGGCGACACGCCGGGGACCGCCGCCGCCGCCGCCUUCCCGGCCUCGGCCGCCUCGUUCUCGUCGCGCUGGCGCUGCCCGAGCCACUGCAUCUCGGCGCUCAUUCAGCUCAACCACACGCGCCGCGGGCCCGCCCUGGAGGACUGUGACUGCGCGCAGGACGAGAACUGCAAGUCCACCAAGCGCGCCAUUGAGCCGUGCCUGCCCCGGACGAGCAGCGGCGGCUCGGGCGGCCCGGGCGCGGGCGGGGUCAUGGGCUGCACCGAGGCCCGGCGGCGCUGCGAUCGCGACAGCCGCUGCAACCUGGCCCUCAGCCGCUACCUGACCUACUGCGGCAAGCUCUUCAACGGGCUGCGCUGCACUGACGAGUGCCGCACGGUCAUCGAGGACAUGCUGGCCGUGCCUAAGGCGGCGCUGCUCAACGACUGCGUGUGCGACGGCCUGGAGCGGCCCAUCUGCGAGUCGGUCAAGGAAAACAUGGCCCGCCUGUGCUUCGGGGCCGAGCUGGGCAACGGCCCAGGCAGCAGCGGCUCGGACGGGGGCCUGGACGACUACUACGACGAGGACUACGACGACGAGCAGCGCGGCGGGGGCGCGGGCGGCGAGCAGCUGCUGGACGACGACGACGGCGUCCCGCACCCGCCGCGCCCGGGCGGCGGCGCUGCAGCGGCAGGCGGCCGCGGGGACCUGCCUUACGGGCCCGGGCGCAGGAGCAGCGGCGGCGGCCGCUUGGCGCCCGGAGGCUCCUGGACCCCGCUGGCCUCCAUCUUGCUGCUGCUGCUGCUGCUCCCGCUGCUCUUUUAGCCCUCGCGCCUCCCGCCGUAGGCUGCGGGAGGACCCGCGCCGAAGCACCUGUGGCUGGGGGACAGUGGGGAUGGUUGGGAUACUUUCUAAAACGUGUUCCGAGUAGACUCUGCCUAGCGGGUCUCCCCUUCACGACUCUUGGCACUUCCCCGUGUCCUCUCCCGAACAUGACUUCUUGGACAUCCUCCCCUGCCCCCAUUCCAGGCUCCAGAAACUCAGCUCGUCUGCCCUGCAGAAACUGGCCUAGCUAGAGUUUAGGAUGCCCGGGAUGAAAUGGGCGGGGGUACGGAACCAUAGCCUCGGACUCGGAAGAGAGGAUACCGACCUGUGGGAUCCUAACAGUUUCAAGGGAGUAGGCUUGGAGCAGGAGUAUGAGAGGGGAUUUACAUUUGCAAAAGUGGCUGUUUAUUAGCAUUUUUGCUGUGCAUGGGGAGGGGUAGGGGGGGCGGCGUGGGGGGAGGGCAGUACCGGUGUCGACUUUUAUUGUGGCCAGUGAGGACAUUGCAAUCGUGAGUAAACAGAAACGUCCCACUUACCGAUUCUUGUGUUUACUCUUGGUCAGCGCUCAGAAUUCUCCGUUUGGGCGGGGGAGGAGGCAUGGGAAGGGGUUAAUAUGCCUCACUUAGUUUUGGAUAACUUUGAGCCCUUGACCUUAAUUUCAUUGCCACCACUCUGAUCUCUUAGCCCAUUUCUUAGGAUUAAGGGUCAAAAAAUGCUGAUCUAAAGAGUUGCUAGUGGUGUUGAACAAUGCAACUUUUUAUGUAAAAGAGCUCUGUACUGCCAUCUAUGAAAGCCUCUUUAUGAUGUUUGUCUUGUCAUUUUUGUUCUUUAGAUCAAGAAAUUGUAUGUACAGAUAUGCGGAGAAAAUAUAUCGCCUCUGCUUUUAUCAGGGUGCUAAACCCUGGUACUUCUAUAUAAAGUGUAUUAAAACUGGGAUUUGUUACCAGUUGCUGUACUUUGUGUAUAGAAUUUUUAUAAAGUGUAUGCUUCAGAAAUAAUUUAUUUUUAAAAAGAAAUUAAAAUUUUAAAUCUGCAACCACGUUACACUUUUCCUCCCUGAAAUGUAUAGAAUCUGUUUGUCACCAGGGGAUCCAAACCCACAGUCCAUUGUGAAGUGUGCUCUAUCUAGAACAGUCUUAAAAUGUACAGUGUAUUUUAUAGAUUUGAAGUUAACAUUGUUAUUUUCAAGAGAAUUUAUGGACAUUGUAGAAAUGUAUAAAUGCAUUUCCAAACUGCCUUAAACAUUGUAUUUUUAUAGACAUCCUUUAAAAAAAAAAGUCUUAUGUUUUAAGUAA